AAAAAAAAAAAUUGUCUUUUUUCCCCUCUUUUCUGUUGCCCCUUGAUUUUUCUUCUUCCCAGGUCGUCUUAUUUUGACUCCAUUUUCAAACUGGAAUUUCCCUCUGAUUUAUGGGAGACAAAGGAUGGGUUUUGGUGCAAGAUCCCGAAGAGAAGAACAUGGACGAUCGAAGUUCCAGGCCUCUGAAAGUGACGUUUAAGGAACCCGCCAAACACUGGACUGACGCGCUUCCAAUCGGCAAUGGCCGCCUCGGCGCCAUGGUCUGGGGAGGCGUCUCUUCCGAGAUUAUCCAGCUCAAUGAGGACACUCUCUGGACUGGGACGCCAGGGAACUACACAAACCCUAAAGCUCAAGAGGCGCUGAAAGAAGUUAGGAAGCUUGUCGACCAUGGUGAUUACGCUGAAGCCACUAAAGCCGCAGCCAAAUUGACUGGAAAUCCUGCUGAGGUUUACCAGCUUUUGGGUGACAUCAAUCUAGAAUUUGAUGAUUCUCAUCUUGCAUACGCUGAAGAAACAUAUCAUAGAGAGCUGGACCUAAACAAUGCAACAGUGAGAGUAAAAUACUCUAUAGAUGAUGUAGAAUUCACAAGGGAACAUUUUGCCGCGUAUCCCUGCCAAGCAAUUGUGACAAAGAUUUAUGGAAGCAAAUCGGGAUCUCUAUCAUUCACUGUGUCUAUGAGCAGCAAGUUACAGUAUGAAUCAUACAUACAUGGUCAAAACCAGAUAAUAAUUGAAGGAACUUGCCCUGGUAAAAGGAUUCCACCUGAAGGGAAUUCAAAUGAGAAUCCGGAGGGAAUUAAGUUUUCUGGAGUUUUGGAAUUGCAAAUUAGUGGCAGUAGAGGCCAGAUUCUAAUUUUGGAUGACAACAAGUUGAGAGUUGAAGGUUCAGAUUGGACGGUUUUGGUUCUGGUGGCUUCAUCUUCAUUUGAUGGGCCAUACACCAAGCCUUCUGAUUCUAAGAGGGACCCGACUUCCGAGUGUCUCAGUUCAUUGGAUAAAAUAAGAAAGUUAUCGUACUCUGAUCUUUUCGCACAUCAUGUAGAGGACUACCAGAAUCUUUUCAGUCGUGUCUCGCUUCAACUUUCUAAAAGCUCCAAGAGCUUGUCAGAGAGCGGGAAUUUGGAGGCAAAGAACUUUGUCCCUCCGAUGGGUAAUUUAUAUUAUGAGGGAGGUGAAGAUGAUUCGGUUUCAACUGCAGAGAGGGUGCAAUCUUUUCAAAUUAAUGAAGAUCCUACUCUUGUUGAGCUUCUAUUCCAGUAUGGUCGAUAUUUACUUAUUUCUUGUUCACGGCCUGGAACUCAGGUCGCAAACCUGCAGGGAAUAUGGAACAAGGAUGUUGAGCCUGCUUGGGAUGGUGCUCCUCAUAUGAACAUUAAUCUUGAGAUGAACUACUGGCCUGCUCUUCCAUGCAACCUUAGCGAGUGCCAGGAGCCUUUGUUUGAUUAUAUAUCCUCUCUAUCAAUCAAUGGAAGUAAAACUGCAGAAGUGAACUAUGAAGCAAGUGGUUGGGUUGUACAUCAUAAGUCUGACAUAUGGGCAAAAUCAUCAGCAGACCAAGGUGAUGUUGUGUGGGCCCUAUGGCCUAUGGGAGGAGCAUGGCUCUGUAUGCAUCUAUGGGAGCACUACAAUUAUACAAUAGACAAAGAUUUUCUGAAAAAUAAGGCAUACCCUCUGUUGGAAGGAUGUGUAAGAUAUCUGCUCGAUUGGUUAAUUGAAGGCCCUGGAGGAUAUCUGGAAACCAAUCCAUCAACUUCUCCAGAGCAUAACUUUAUUACUCCAGAUGGUAAGCUUGCUUGUGUAAGCUACUCCUCAACCAUGGAUAUGGCAAUCAUAAAUGAGGUUUUCUCUGCACUUGUUUCUGCUGCUGAGAUUCUCAGCAAAAAUGAGGACGACCUUAUUGAAAAGGUGAAAAGGGCUCAACCAAGACUUUAUCCAAUAAAAAUUUCCAGGGAUGGAUCUAUCAUGGAAUGGGCAGAAGAGUUUGAGGACCCAGAGGUGCAUCAUCGGCAUCUUUCCCAUCUGUUUGGACUAUUUCCUGGGCACACAAUAACUCUUGAGAAAACCCCAGACCUCUGUAAAGCAGCAGAGUUUUCACUUUACAAACGAGGGGAGGAGGGUCCAGGAUGGUCAACCUCAUGGAAAAUUGCUUUGUGGGCACGCCUGCAUAAUAGCGAGCAUGCAUAUGGCAUGAUCAAGCGUUUGAUCAACUUAGUUGAUCCUGAACAAAAGAGGGAUUUUAAAGGAGGACUAUACAGCAACUUAUUUGCUGCACAUCCUCCUUUCCAGAUUGAUGCCAACUUUGGCUUUGUUGCAGCAAUAGCAGAAAUGUUAUUACAAAGCACCACAACUGAUGUCUACUUACUUCCUGCUCUUCCGACCACUAAGUGGGCGAAUGGUUUUGUGAAAGGGUUAAAGGCUCGUGGUGGGAUAACUGUUAACAUAACAUGGAAAGAAGGAGAUCUUCAAGAAGUCAGUCUCUGGUCAACGGACCACAGUUCUGUAAGAACAUUGCAUUAUAGAGGAACUACAGCAACGGCAACUGUACAAUUUGGCAAAAUAUGCACUUUCAAUAGAGAUCUAGAAUGCUUCCACACUUGUUCUCUUUAAUAGCUGUUUUUGCUUAAAAGAUUGUGAUGGAAGAUGAAUUCGAGAGGCAAUCAGUUAUGUAUUUUCUCAAUAAUUAUGUAAACAGAUUCAUCUUAAUUUUUUGUUAGCCUCUUGGAGUUUGUAAUUUUUUGUAAUUUCAGCCCAUCACAGAACCAUAGCUUCAUGUAUUUUUCACCAGUACCAAUGACUCUAAUUAUAGGGAAAAAGAAGAAAAGUACGAAUGAAAAUUAAUGAGAAAUGACAAGCUUAUA